AAGCAGUAGGCAGCCAUGGCCAAGUCGCACCUACUGCAGUGGCUACUGCUGCUUCCUACCCUCUGCUGCCCAGGUGCAGCUAUCACGUCGGCCUCAUCCCUGGAGUGUGCACAAGGCCCUCAAUUCUGGUGCCAAAGCCUGGAGCAUGCAGUGCAGUGCAGAGCCCUGGGGCACUGCCUGCAGGAAGUCUGGGGGCAUGCAGGAGCUAAUGACCUGUGCCAAGAGUGUGAGGAUAUUGUCCACCUCCUCACAAAGAUGACCAAGGAAGAUGCUUUCCAGGAAGCAAUCCGGAAGUUCCUGGAACAAGAAUGUGAUAUCCUUCCCUUGAAGCUGCUUGUGCCCCGGUGUCGCCAAGUGCUUGAUGUCUACCUGCCCCUGGUUAUUGACUACUUCCAGAGCCAGAUUAACCCCAAAGCCAUCUGCAAUCAUGUGGGCCUGUGCCCACGUGGGCAGGCUAAGCCAGAACAGAAUCCAGGGAUGCCGGAUGCCGUUCCAAACCCUCUGCUGGACAAGCUGGUCCUCCCUGUGCUGCCAGGAGCCCUCUUGGCAAGGCCUGGGCCUCACACUCAGGACUUCUCUGAGCAACAGCUCCCCAUUCCCCUGCCCUUCUGCUGGCUUUGCAGAACUCUGAUCAAGCGGGUUCAAGCCGUGAUCCCCAAGGGUGUGCUGGCUGUGGCUGUGUCCCAGGUGUGCCACGUGGUACCCCUGGUGGUGGGUGGCAUCUGCCAGUGCCUGGCUGAGCGCUACACAGUUCUCCUGCUAGACGCACUGCUGGGCCGUGUGGUGCCCCAGCUAGUCUGUGGCCUUGUCCUCCGAUGUUCCACUGAGGAUGCCAUGGGCCCUGCCCUCCCUGCUGUGGAGCCUCUGAUAGAAGAAUGGCCACUACAGGACACUGAGUGCCAUUUCUGCAAGUCUGUGAUCAACCAGGCCUGGAACACCAGUGAACAGGCUAUGCCACAGGCAAUGCACCAGGCCUGCCUUCGCUUCUGGCUAGACAGGCAAAAGUGUGAACAGUUUGUGGAACAGCACAUGCCCCAGCUGCUGGCCCUGGUGCCUAGGAGCCAGGAUGCCCACAUCACCUGCCAGGCCCUUGGCGUAUGUGAGGCCCCGGCUAGCCCUCUGCAGUGCUUCCAAACCCCACACCUCUGAGAACGCGGUCUCCAGCAGCCUGCUCCAGAGGACAAGCCUCAGCCUGCACCCUCAGCCCUGUGUCAGUCUGUAUGUCCCAGCUCUAACUACAGACCACCACCACCACCACCACCACCACCACCACCACCACCACCACCACCACCACCACCACCACCACCACAGUGGUUUCUGGCUCCCCCCGGUGAUGGGGGGCGGCAGGCCCACGUCCUCUGGAAGCCUUCAGAAGGGGCUUCGGGCCUUCGCCUCCACCAGAGCCAAGCCAGCUCCCAUAGCUCCCACAGCCCACAGGGACUGAGAAGAACUGUUGUGGCUCCAAGAAGACAUCGGGUAGAAGCUGGGUAUAGCCACACCAACCCCUUGCUAACAUUUCUAUGAAAUCCAAACUUGAGAAGAAUAAAGAAUGGGAACAUGGA